AAGAGCUCCUCUCAGCGGCCGGAGAGAGAGAGGACUGGAGAGAGAGAAGGAGAGAGGACUGGGGAGAGAGGGAGCGACCACAGCAGUGAAAAGAGCUCCUCUUCCUCCUCACACUCUUACUCACGCGAUCGUAAACCCGUUUCUUCAUCCAGGGACCACAAAGCAACCUCUGACCGCAGACCACCGGACCCCAGAGCCCCGGACCCCAGAGCCAAGGAGCACAGAGACUACAAGCAGAGACACUACAAGCAGAGAGACCACCUCGACCACAAAGACAACAACGACCAGACCUCGUCCACCGUUGACCGUAACGCCAACUCUACGGACCGUAGACCACCGGAUGACCAGGAGACCACCAGAGAACACAAAGACCACGGCGAGCUAGGCAAUACCUCUCCCGUCUCCGAGAGAGACCCACCUCCAUCUGACCCCUCCUCCUCCUCCGGCACCCAGAGAUCUCAGGGAGGCUCUGAGACCACCAGAGAACACAAAGACCACGGCGAGCUAGGCAGUAACUCUCCCGUCUCCGAGAGAGACCCACCUCCAUCUGACCCCUCCUCCUCCUUCUCCUCCGGCACCCAGAGAUCCUCUGAGCCCACCAGACCCAGCGAGAGCAGCCCUGGCGGGGACACGACGCAAGACAUAUACCCCUCUCCUCAGGUCUCCAGCUCCAUGGAGAACCAGCCCGGGAGGGGGAAGGCUGAGGGAGAAGAGCCCAGAGCAGAGCGCUCCUCGGCGGGGAGACAAAGCCAGCAGGCCAGCCUAGGAAACCUAGAGAAGGAGAUGAGCGGUGGUGGAAAGCUCCCCCAACACCCAGCCUCACUCCUACAGCCCCCCAGGACUGACAACAGGGCAGGGGUGCCCCGAGCUGUCAGAGAGAGAGAGAGAAAGAAAGAGAGAGAGUGGCAGAUCCAAAGGAUGAGGGAGAAGAUGGAGAAGGAGGAGAGAGAGAAAAGGGUGGAUAGGGAGGAGGGAGAGAAAAGGGUGGAUAGGGAGAAGGAGAGGGAGAGAGAGCACCCUAAASUAAGACCUCCUCCCUCGGUCCCUUCUUCCAGACCUCCUCCCUCGGUCCCUUCUUCAAGACCUCCCUCGGUCCCUUCUUCCAGACCUCCUCCCUCGGUCCCUUCCAGACCUCCUUCCUCGGUCCCUUCUUCCAGACCUCCCUCCUCGGUCCCUUCUUCCAGACCUCCCUCCUCGGUCCCUUCUUCACGACCUCCCUCGGUCCCUUCCAGACCUCCUCCCUCGGUCCCUUCUUCCAGACCUCCUUCUGACCUGGUCAGAGAGACUGAUGAGGCAGCCUUCGAACCUGACUACAGCGAGGGAGAGAUCUCAGAGGGGGAGGACAGGGGGGAGGAGGAGGGAGAGAAAAAAGUGGGCGGACAGAGAGCGGUGGAGGGACAGAGAGCGGUGGAGGGAGAGAGAGCGGUGGAGGGAGAGAGAGCGGUGGAGGGAGAGAGAGCGGUGGAGGGACAGAGAGCGGAGCAUGGGGGUAGCAGCAGAAGUCGUAGCAGCAGCGCCAGCUCUGUCGGUAGCCUGGGCAACAAGAAAGACAAGAAGAAGAAAGAUAAAAAGGAGAAGAAGAAGAAAAAGAAGAAAGAUAGAAAACAGAAGAGACAGGCGAGCCUGGACGCUGAGGAGGGUGACGUCACAGGACUGAAACACAAACACAAGAAGAAGAACAAGAAGAACAAGGAUAAUAACAGAGAGAGAGAAGAAGAGGAGGAGGAGAGAGAAGAAGAGGAGGAGGGAAGAGGAGGAGGAGAGAGAAAAGGAAGAGACCAAAUGGCUAGCGUAGCCUUAUGAGACAUUUCGUUGUGAAGCGUUUUUCGAACCACGUUUCAGCCGCAAGGCUCGUGGCCUAAACCUUAUUCCCUAACUAGUGCACGACUUAAAGGCUUUGGACAAACCCUAGUGCACUAAGAAGGGAAUAGGGUGCCAUUUUGUAGGAAAGAGAUUUGUUUUUUUUUCUUCCUCGCCUCCUGUCAGUGAGAAGGUCUCAGAGGCGUCACACAGCCUGUAUUCCAAAUACCGUUCCUCUUCCCUAUACAGGGCACUCCUUUUGACCAGGGCCCCUAUUCCCUAUACAGGGCACUCCUUUUGACCAGGGCCCCUAUUCCCUAUACAGGGCACUCCUUUUGACCAGGGCCCCUAUUCCCUAUACAGGACACUAUGUAGGGGGAUGUGGGUGUCAUUUGUGACGGGACCCCCGUAGUGUAGAUCGUAUAGAGGACUUCAAACCGCUCUGCUCUGCAAGCUGUCUACUUCAACACUUUAUCUGGGGGGGGGGGGGGUGCUGAGGAUUUGAAUUAAUUUAAUGACUUUAAGGCUGAUGUAUAAAACAUUAAUUUUUAGACUCUGCUCAACAUUGGCUGUUGCUUGGACGAUCGGUUUACUUGAAUGAUGCUUCAACUUUGAUUUAGAUUUUUUUUGUGUGUUUAAAAAAAGGAUGUAAUUGCUAAACCUUGAUUUGUACCCCCCACCCCGGCCC